AGAAAUAUUUACAUAUUUAUUUCUGUAUUUAAUUAUUUCAUGAUGUAUUUCACGAUUUAUUUAUAUAUUCCAACAUUUAAUUAUUUAAUUUUGAAUAAUUUUGGCCCUCCAUACACACACACACACACACACAUAUAUAUAUACAUACAUAUGUUUGUUUGUUUUUUAUUGCAAAAACUGAACAUUUUUAUCCAGGGUUCAUCUUUUCACUGACAGAAAAGGUUAGUAUUUCAGUGUUAAUGAGCAUGCAAGUAAUAAGUUCACUCAAAAAUGAAAAUAGCAAUUAAUUUCAAGUAAAAUACUUACCUCAUGACACAAUCAACAAGAUGACGAAUAUAAUUUGACUCAUACUGCGAACGGUUUUUGUCUCCUAUUCGUGAAGGCUUUUAUGCAAUACUCUCGGAUGAAACCAAGGACAUUUCCAACAAAGAACAACUUGUGACUUUGCUUCGCUGGGUGGACGACUCAGGCAAAAUUAUUGAGGAUUUUUGAUUUGCCAAAAACAUUUUGACCCAUUGCAAUAUAUCGUCUGAUUUGUCCAGAGGACAGGCAUGGCGGGGUGAAGAUGUCUGGUCACUUGAGAAGUGUCACUGCACUAUUUAAAGACCGCAAUACCGCGACUGUACCCUACAUGUGCAUUGUUUAGCACAUUGCUUAAAUAUAUUCCUUCAAGACACUGGGGAAAAAAAUGUAAGCUGAAAAGAGAUGCAUUGCAAGAAGUGACUUAACUGAUCAAACAGUCUCCAAAACGAAACCAAGCAUUUAGAAGCAUUAAAAAAUGAAAUGAAACCCAACACUCAGAACCCUCUGUCCAAUGAGAUGGACUGUAAGCACUGCUGCAGUCGACAACUAUUCUGUUCUGAUUACCCUAAUAACAGAAAUAACAGCAGAAUCCCAUGAUGAAUUUCCCCAUGCUUCAGUUCCCCAAAAUGACCAGUAGAUGUCAGCAAACACCGUCAAGUUCAAGUCAAGUCCAUAAAUUAUAACUUCAGUAAAAGAUCAUUUCAAACCUAAAACUAAGUCAGUGAGUUGCUAAUGCUCCUGUUUGUUUGCUUUUUAAUGAAGGCAGUGUAGUUUGUGCAUCGAUCUCUAUAAUUGCUUCAUAGUCUUCACAGUUAUCAAUCUAAACAAUUGUUUUUAUGUUGGGGUUAACCCAAGACAAAGCCCUAGAAGUGAACUCUCUGCCCUCAUCUCUUACUUAACUGUGUGACUUUUAUUGUUGUUUUCAAUGUUAGGUUUAAAUUAGGCUUAAGCUAUCCCAUUUUAAGGAACAUGACAAAGAUAAAACACAUGAAAGCUUUCUUUCUGAGCUUGCUGUGCAUUACAGCAGUCUUUGCAUUUAUAUUUGUGAUAUUGUUGGCCUUCGAACUUUACAAUUACAUUUAUGUACACAGGCUGAUAAUACAGAUUUAGAUUAAAGCAACAAGUCCGAAGGUUGGCCAUGAACUAUGCAAAUUUAAAUAAUGCUUUAACUGACUAAGAUCAAGGCUCUUUUCUCAGUGAACUCUGGCCCUGGAUAAGUCAAGAACUUCUCCACUAUUACACUUUUUAGUUUAGUAAUGCACACAUUAAGAUCUCAAACAUGGCUCAGCAGGAAUACAAAAUGCUUGGUGACAAAAUGUUCACCUACAAAGGAACUGUCAUAUCUUUGGAGGACAGUUGUGAUCUUACUCCAGAAUAUAUUGACAGUAUAGCGGAUUUUGAAACAAAGGAUGAUGAUGUCUUUGUUGUUACCUUCCCCAAAUCUGGUACAGUAUGGACCCAAAGGAUCAUGACGUUAAUAUACGCAGCAGAUUUCCCGGACAAAGCCAACCAAAUCACAUACGAGCAGAUGCCCUGGAUAGAGUAUCGGAUAACGGGGAGAGAUUACAACACACGUCCAUCUCCAAGACUCCUCUGCUCCCAUUUACUCCAGCCGCUGAUGCCCAAAAUGCUGCAAAGAAAAGGAAAAGUCAUCUAUGUCAUGAGAAACCCUAAAGAUAUCAUGGUGUCAUAUUUCCAUUUUUCUAACAACAUGAAAAACCUGGAUUCUUCCGAGAGCUUUGAUGAGAUGCUGGAAAAAUUCUUCACAGGAUUCAUGGUUGGUGGCUGUUGGUUUGACCAUGUUAAAGGAUGGAUCACAAAGAAAGACAAAUACAACAUCCUGAUCCUUACUUAUGAAGAAAUGAUCAAGGACCUCAGAUCCGUUGUUGUGAAAAUCUGUGAGUUUGUGGGAAAGAAUCUGUCAGACGCAGCGAUUGAUAAAGUGGUGGAGGCAGCCACGUUCAAGCACAUGAAGAAAGACCCCUUGGCCAACUAUGAAUUCCUUCCUUGGGUCAUCACAGAUCAUUCAAAAGGACUUUUUUUGCGCAAAGGAACAGUUGGGGACUGGAAGAACUCUUUAACUGUGGCUCAGAGUGAAUGUUUUGACCGCGUCUACCAAGAAAGAAUGAAGGACGUACCUCUUAACAUGGUCUGGGACAUCUCAGAAUUGCAUGACUGAAAACUCAAGAUAUAUUAUAUAUUAAAUAUAUUAUAUAUAUAUAUAUAAUUAUUUUUAUGUUCACUUCAAUGGACAUGUAGUCUGAAAAUUUUUUUUUUUUUUUAAAGUACAAAUAUCCCAAUUAGCCUUCUCAGUUUUUUUUUUUUUUCAUUCAGCCCCUUGUUUGUUUACUUUCUGUAAGUAAUUAAUUAAUUCACCUUAUUUACAAAGAAAAACCUUUUACCUUGGUAAAUCUUUUUUAUUAAAAUGAACUCAAUUUAACCAAAAUGCACCAUCCCAGUUGCUCAAAAAAAAAAAAAUGUUCUAUAUUAAUAUUAACAUAUACAUAUACAUAAAUAAAAAAAUAUAAACAUGAAUUCUCCAGCGCAGAGAAAAGAAAAAUGUAAAAAGCCCAAGAUAAAGUCCGAGCAUCACCUUCAGGCAGGGCCGCGUUAUCCUAAUGGGCAACAUGGGCUGCAGCCCAGGGCCUCGAACACUAGGGGGCCCCCCGAGUCAAUUCUCUUUUGCAUCUUAUACAGGGUUGCCAACCAACCACAACAUCCAGCUAGAAAACAUACUAUCUACCUUUUACUAUUUGCAAUAGUUGGACCGAGGCUAUGGAAUAACCUUCCUUUAUCUGUGAAAGCUUCAAAUUCUGUCUAGUUUGAAACUUAAUUGAAAUCUUAUUUUCUUAUCUUGGCUUUUUAAACUUUGUUAAAUUAUCUUUUGAGUUUACUGAUGUUAUUAUUUUUACUGGUUUUUAUUUUAUUUGUACAGCACUGUGGUUAACUGCUGUUGUGUUUAUCAGUGCUUAAUAAAUACAAAUACCUGA